AUGAAUGAAACAUUCAGUGACGCUAUCGGCAAGUACAUCGAAGUAUACACGGAUGAUCUGGUCAUCAUGAGCAAAGAAGAGAGUAUGAUGCUGGUAAACAUUCAAAAAACAUUCGCCACAUUGCGUGGGGUGAACAUCAAGCUAAAUCCAGCAAAGUGUUCCUUUGGGAUGGAAGAAGGAAAGUUCCUGGGUUUCAUUGUGACGAAAGAUGGGUUUAAGGUCAAUCCUGACAAGGUGCAAGCGAUAGAGCGGAUGCCUUCACCAUCGACAAUAAAAGAAAUACAGAAGCUGGUUGGACGGUUAGCGGCACUCAACCGUUUCCUCGCCAAUCACGCAGCAAAAUCUUUUCCGUUCAUCAAAACCCUCCGCAACGGUGUAAAGAAGAAUCAGUUUCAGUGGACUCCAGAAGCCGAGCACGCAUUCCGAGAAAUGAAAGACUGUCUCAUACGACUGCCAACACUGACAGCACCAAUUAAGGGUGAACCCCUAGUAAUGUACCUCUCAGCGGUGGAAAAAGCAGUAGGAGCAAUUUUACUGGUGGACCGACAAGGCAUUCAAACGCCAGUACAUUACGUGUCUCGCACUCUGAACGACCCAAAAACAAGGUAUGCCAUAAUGGAGAAACUGGUCCUCGCACUGAUUCAUGCAUCCAGACAACUACGCAGGUACUUUGCCAACCAUGUCAUCCACGUCUUAACAAACUAUAACAUUGGCAACAUCCUCGCAAGGCCUGAGAUAUAUGGAAGAUUAGUGAAAUGGGCUAUAGAAUUGGGGGGCCAUAACGUGGUUUUUAGACCAAGGCCGACAAUUAAAGGUCAGGUGUUGGCCGAUUUCAUGACAGAGGUGCCUGAUGAUAAAGAUAGAGAGUGCAAGGCAAUGGAAAGAGCUGAAAGGCAAUAUUCGGAAGAACCAUGGCUAUUAUACACAGAUGGCGCAUCCAAUGAAGAUGGUGCAGGAGCCGGACUUAGUUUGGUAAGUCCAGAGAAACAUGAAUUCACUUACGCCAUCCGGUUAGACUUCAAGAGCACAAAUAAUGAAGCCGAAUAUGAAGCUUUCCUCGCUGGUUUGAGGUUAGCAAUCAAGAUGGGAGUCAAACACAUAGAGGCGCAUGUGGACUCCAUGCUAGUAGCAGGGCAGAUUAAUGGCCAGUACGAUGCCAAAGGAGAUGUGAUGGCACUAUACCUAGACCAAGCAAAAAUGUUGCUACAGAACUUCAAUUCCUACAAGGUACACUAUAUCAAUCGGAGCGAGAAUAAACCAGCAGAUGCACUAAGCAAACUCGCAUCCACCAGCUUCCAGCACCUGGCCAAGGACGUGCGCAUUGAAGUUCUAAGCAAUCCAUCGGUACCGCUAAGACAAGUGAGCGUCAUCCAACUAGGAACAACGUCUUGGAUGACUCUGAUCAUUAUGUAUCUCCAGUCUGGAAUACUACCCGAAAACAAAGUCGAAGCAAGGGAAGUACAGUACAAGUCCAAGCAUUACCAGAUGGUUGAUGGAAUUUUGUACCGAAAAUCGUACCUCGGACCAUUAAUGAGAUGUGUCGAUCCAGAAGAUGCAAACUAUCUGAUACGCGAAGUACAUGAGGGCAUCUGCGGCAUUCAUGCCGACCUAAGAAUGGUAGUAGCAAAAGUAAUGAACGCCGGGUAUUACUGGCCCGGAAUGCAUCUAGACGCAGUCAAUGUUUUGAGGAAAUGCAACGGUUGUCAGAGACACGCCCCGAAAACGAUGCGCCCAAAAAAUGAGCUGGUCCCUAUAACAACGCCAUGA